CCAGCGCCCCCACCCCGGACCCAAGCCGAGGCGGACCCAGGCCCCAGUCCAUGCGUGGCACCCCCGGCUGGGAAGAGUGCCGAGGGCAGGGAGCCCCUUCAAGCAGCGGCGCCGGAGGAAGAGGAAGAAGGGACAGUGUUCAGCUGGGGCGGCCCGGACCCUCCCCGCUGCGUUUGGAGCCGGUGGCAACCCCGAAGUCUGCACUUGGCACCGCUGCUCGGACUAGGACCCGGCCUGCUGGGGCCCCGGCCCGGACCCCCUGCGCUCCGUAGGCGGCGGCGCCUCGGCGCCACCCGGCUCCUCCGCGGUCUCCCGGUGCUUGGCGGCAGUCACGGCCAAGAGAGUAUUAUGAGGGAGGCCGAGGACUUGACGCCCGGGCCAGAGAAACGGCACUGCGAGUAGAGGUGGCCACCGCUGAGAGGAUGCUGGGAAUCUGCAGAGGGAGACGGAAGUUCCUGGCUGCCUCUUUGACCCUUCUCUGCAUCCCAGCCAUCACCUGGGUUUACCUGUUUGCUGGGAGCUUCGAAGAUGGGAAGCCGGUGUCUCUGUCGCCACUGGAGUCCCAGCCCCACAGUCCCCGGUACGCAGCCUCCAGCCAGCGGGAGCGCGAGAGCCUGGAGGUGCGUGUGCGUGAGGUGGAGGAGGAGAACCGCGCGCUCCGCAGGCAGCUCAGCCUGGCGCAGGGCCGAGGGCCCACGCAGCGCCGGGGGAACCACUCCAAGACCUACUCCAUGGAGGAGGGCACCGGCGACAGCGAGAACCUGCGCGCUGGCAUCGUGGCGGGCAACAGCUCAGAGUGUGGGCAGCAGCCGGUGGUGGAGAAGUGUGAGACCAUCCACGUGGCCAUCGUGUGUGCCGGGUACAACGCGAGCCGGGAUGUGGUCACUUUGGUCAAGUCUGUCCUCUUCCACAGGCGCAACCCUCUGCACUUCCACCUCAUCGCUGACUCCAUUGCCGAGCAGAUCCUGGCAACGCUCUUCCAGACCUGGAUGGUGCCUGCCGUGCGUGUGGACUUCUACAACGCAGAUGAGCUGAAGUCUGAAGUCUCCUGGAUCCCUAACAAGCAUUACUCUGGGAUUUAUGGUCUGAUGAAGCUUGUCCUGACCAAGACCCUUCCCGCCAACCUGGAGAGAGUCAUUGUCCUUGACACAGACAUCACCUUUGCGACUGACAUUGCAGAGCUGUGGGCUGUGUUCCACAAAUUCAAAGGUCAGCAGGUCCUGGGCCUGGUAGAGAACCAGAGUGACUGGUACCUUGGAAAUCUGUGGAAAAAUCACCGCCCGUGGCCGGCCCUCGGAAGAGGUUACAACACAGGGGUGAUCCUGCUGCUUCUGGACAAGCUGCGGAAGAUGAAGUGGGAGCAGAUGUGGAGGCUGACCGCCGAGAGGGAGCUGAUGGGCAUGCUGUCCACGUCCUUAGCCGACCAGGAUAUUUUCAAUGCCGUCAUCAAGCAAAACCCCUUCCUGGUGUAUCAGCUUCCCUGCUUCUGGAACGUGCAGCUGUCGGACCACACGCGCUCUGAGCAGUGCUACAGGGACGUAUCGGACCUGAAGGUCAUUCACUGGAACUCCCCCAAGAAACUUCGGGUGAAGAACAAGCAUGUGGAGUUUUUCCGCAACCUCUACCUGACCUUCCUGGAGUAUGACGGGAACCUCCUGAGGCGGGAAUUGUUCGGCUGCCCCAGUGAAGCUGAUGUCAACAGUGAAAAUCUCCAGAAGCAGCUCUCCGAGCUGGACGAGGACGACCUGUGCUAUGAAUUCCGGCGAGAGCGGUUCACCGUCCACCGAACGCACCUGUACUUCCUGCACUACGAGUAUGAGCCGGCUUCCGACAGCACGGACGUCACCCUGGUGGCUCAGCUCUCCAUGGACAGGCUCCAGAUGCUGGAGGCCAUCUGCAAGCACUGGGAGGGGCCCAUCAGCCUGGCCCUCUACCUGUCCGACGCCGAGGCCCAGCAGUUUCUCCGCUACGCUCAGGGCUCCGAGGUGCUCAUGAGUCGCCACAACGUGGCCUACCACAUCGUGUACAAGGAGGGCCAGUUCUACCCCGUCAACCUGCUGCGCAACGUGGCCAUGAAGCACGUGGCCACGCCCUACAUGUUCCUGUCCGACAUUGACUUCCUGCCCAUGUAUGGGCUCUAUGAGUACCUCAGGAAGUCUGUCAUCCAGCUUGACCUCACCAACACCAACAAGGCGAUGAUCGUGCCCGCCUUCGAGACGCUGCGAUACCGCCUCUCCUUCCCCAAGUCAAAGGCAGAGCUGCUGUCUAUGCUGGACAUGGGGACGCUCUUCACCUUCAGGUACCACGUCUGGAUGAAAGGGCACGCGCCCACAAAUUUCGCCAAGUGGCGGACCGCCACCACGCCUUACCGGGUUGAGUGGGAGGCCGAUUUCGAGCCAUAUGUUGUUGUGAGACGGGACUGCCCUGAGUACGACCGGAGGUUUGUGGGUUUUGGCUGGAACAAGGUGGCUCACAUCAUGGAACUGGAUGCACAGGAAUAUGAAUUCAUCGUGCUGCCUAAUGCCUACAUGAUCCACAUGCCUCACGCCCCCAGCUUUGACAUCACCAAGUUCCGGUCCAACAAGCAAUAUCGGAUCUGUCUCAAAACCCUGAAGGAAGAGUUUCAGCAGGACAUGUCUCGCCGCUAUGGCUUUGCUGCCCUCAAAUAUCUCACUGCUGAGAACAACAGCUAGCACCAAGAGGCCCACCUGUGGGGAGAGACAUUCUGUAGGAGGAGAGCCACUUGCCGUCUGGGGCCCUGCCUUCAAACUCAAAUGGAGCAAUGCUUUUUUGGUUUGUUUUUAUUUGUCUCUUUGGCCCAACAAAGCUGCUCUAACUACAGAGAUCUGGGACAAGGAUCUGGCCAACCCCUCUCUGCCCCACAACCUGGCAUUCCCAGAUUGUGGAAAAAUAGCCCAUCUGCAUAGUCUUUUCAGGAAUGGGACUCAGAGGGGUGAGUGGAAGCAAGAGUGUUAUAGUCCCACAAAGCUACACCCAAGCAGGUAUUUAGGAUGGUAUGGUUACUUUCCAUGAAAAGGAAACCAGGGUGUUAGGGUUAGCCAUCUGAGAAAAAAAGCAAAAUUGUCUCUUCGUUCAGAAGAAACUUUCUUCUUUGCCCUACCCUAUAGCUGGGUACAAAAAUGGAGGGCAAACCAAUGAUCAAAAUCAACCAUUUGGGGAAAAAAAUAAACAAUGGGGACAUUGAUUGUACUGGAGGGAACUGGAGAUGGGUUUGGUUGGUUCUUUAUCCUCAAGAUCACUUUUGUCUUGUUUUUCUUCUUUUUUUUUUUUUUUUUUUUUUGUGAGGAUGAUGUUUGUAUGUUUCUCUUGGAUCGGAGACUCCAAAAUAGAAAAUCCGGUCUUUCAAGAUGCUGAAGGAAAAUCAGCCACCUCAACCAACAUCCCUCUACCAGUUAUGACCCAGAAGGAAGACAAAAGCCCUCAGCUAAUGUUUAAACAUGGUGGCUUUCUUGGGGGCUCACGGAGGCCCCAUAGCUUUGAAUUCACCACUCUCCAGAACCCAGGGACUGAGAUGAGGACAGCGGGAAUAUGGAGGCCGACUGUUUUAAAACUGGUCACAUUUUCUAUUGGCAGUGACCAGUUCAUGGGGAAAGGGCUCUACAGGAACAGUUUCCAUGCACAUGAAAGUUCCGAACCUAUCAGGCCUCUAGAAGAACUUGAGUCAUUCAGACGAGCCCAGUUCUGAAGAUUCAUGAGUCCACUUGGAGUCCUUCGGGAGGGUCCAGUUUGGUUCCUCUGUGUCCACGCCUGCUUCACCACUGGAAGGGAUGAGGUCAUGACCUUGGGCUCACUUCAGGACCUGACCAAGGGUAGGCAAGCACCCUCACCGUUCCACAGUUCGAGGAGACACUGGACUUUUUACCCAUUUUCUUGAAUCUUCAAUAUUAAUGUUGUGUUUACAUUGACGAGAACCAGAAUCAAUGCUGGGCUGUUUGUAUUGAGUUGCCAUGUGACCAGCAAACGCUGCAUUCAAUAAACGAACGUAUGGACUGUU